GUAAGGGUUAAACUCGAAACCGGUUUAGCUGCCGCUUCUUCACUACAAGAUUCUCGAGCUUAGGUGAAAAACCAGAAACAAAGAGCAAAAAAGCUGAGACUUUAUUUUUUCUUAAAAACAAAAGAGAUGGCACAGCCAAGCAAAGAGCCUUGCAAGAAAGAAGCUUGCGAUAUUCAAUCUUGUCUUUCAAAGAACAACUUCCUCCCUAAAAGGUGCCAAAAAGUGAUUGAGCUGCUCCAAUCUUGCUGUGAGAAAUGCAACUAUGAAUCCACUCAUUGUGCUUCAGUGUCUGCUCUCCUAAAGCAAAUAGCCAAAUGAAAGACAACAUGACUUUCCAUCUCAAUUCAUGCCAUUCCCUUUGAAAUACACAUUUAUAUAUCACUCAAUGUAACCUUGUAUUAGAUUUGAUGUUGUUUGGUACUGACCAUAUUCUAUAAUAUAUAUAUAUAUAUAUAUAGAUUUGAGUUUUUAAGGGGGCAUAUAACUUCACUAACUGAUUCAUUGUAUAUAAAUGAAAGGACAAUAGUGGAUCUACCAAAUCAAAAUUGCAAAAGAUAUGCAUGUAUUUGAUUCCUCUUUGUUUUUUUCUCUUUUUCACACUUCACAUGUUGAGAGAACUAUGGAUAUAGUUUAUACAAGGCAAAAGAUACAUUGGGCUAUAUAUUUUUCCUGUAUGAACUAUGGAUAGUUUAUACAAGGCAAAAGCUGAAGUCUAUAGUCUGUAUCUUGAAGCUAAAGGGAAAAAGAGCCAUAGAUAAUCUCACCUCGGAUAACUCCCUCCAAAAUAUGAGUGUGAUCAAAUAAGUUUGU